AUAUGUUGAUCGAUUUACCCACGAAUUGUUGUUGGAUCCUACAAAAGGAAAGGGCGAAAAAUCCAGAUCCCCAAAAAAUCGAAAUAGGAGAGAAGUCAGAAAGAGUGAUUCAGUGAUCUUCAACUAUGGAGCCGCCGCCGUCGAAGAGCUGGAGCAUCCACACGCGCCGCGAGAUCACCGCCAACUACGAGAUCCUGGAGCGCGUGGGCUCCGGCGCCUACUCCGAUGUCUACAAGGCCCGGCGCCUAUCCGACUCAACCAUCGUGGCCCUGAAGGAGGUGCACGACUACCAGUCCGCCUUCCGUGAGAUCGAGGCUCUCCAGACGCUCCAGAACUGCCCUAACGUCGUCCUCCUCCACGAGUACUUCUGGAGCGACGACGAAGACGCCGUUCUCGUGCUCGAGUACCUUCCCACCGACCUCUCCGCCGUCGUCAAGGCCGCCAAGAAAGACUGGAAGGGCGGGAUCACUUCCGGCGAGCUCAAACGCUGGAUGGUGCAGAUUUUGCGCGGGGUCGACGCCUGCCACCGCAAUUCGAUUGCUCACAGAGAUUUAAAGCCAUCGAAUCUGCUCAUUUCCGCCGACGGAAUUCUCAAAAUCGCCGAUUUCGGUCAGGCUAGGAUACUCCUUGCUCCUGGAUUUCUUGAUGAGGGCACUUAUAAUCAGUUCAACGAACAGCCUUCGUUAAAUCAAGCAGGAUUUCCUCAAUCAUCUGAAACUGUUCCUCCCAGACUAGAUGGCCACUUCCCUCAAGAGCAUGUGGAAAAGAUAAGUGGAAAGGGGGCUUCAGAGCCAGAAGACCUUAGAAUGGGUGAGUUUCACAAUGAUGGUGAUGAAGAAAGUGUAACUCAUGAUGGAGCUGCUUCUUGUCUUGCUACAUGCACGACAAGUGAUCUUGAGGAUCCCUUCCAGCAGUCUUAUUCUUAUGAAGCUGAGGAGGGCCGGGCUGAUGGGAAUGGUGCUCUUACCUCCUGUGUUGGAACCCGGUGGUUUAGAGCCCCCGAGCUACUUUAUGGUUCCAUAAAUUACGGGCAAGAGAUUGAUCUAUGGUCACUCGGUUGUAUAUUCGGUGAGCUCCUGAGUCUCGAACCAUUAUUCCCAGGCGCGUCAGAUAUUGAUCAGCUGGGUAAAAUCUUUAGCGUCUUGGGUAACUUGACCGAGGAGGUCUGGCCUGGUUGUGUGCAUCUUCCAGACUACAAUAUAAUCUCAUUUUGUAAAGUUGAAAAACCCAGUGGUAUAGAAGCAUGCCUUGUUAAUCGGUCUCCUGAUGAGAUUCUUCUUGUGAGAAAACUAUUGUGCUAUGACCCAGCUAGCAGAGCUACCGCGAUGGAAUUGCUUCAUGAUAAGUAUUUGAAUGAAGAACCUUUACCAGUUCCUAUAUCUGAGUUGAGGGUUCCCUCCAAACAUGGGAGUCCUGACGAGGAUUCCUCUGUUAACUGGAACGAUUAUGAAGGUCUUGAACUGGAUUCAGAUUUUGAAGAUAUUGGGCCAUCACUGGUCACUAGCACGGAUAACGGCUUCUCAAUUCGCUUCUGUUAAUAAGCGAAGAUAGACCUCUGCAGCUGGAAGAAAUGUUUGUGGAUCACUCUGCAGCAAGGAUGAUCAUAUUUGAAGAGAGAAAUUGCUGGAGAAACUGUGCAACUCUACCAAUAAAUCACUUAGUUGUGAGUUGAGGGAUAUAGGCAUAUAGCUAUUUAUGUACCCAGAUUAUGAAAGAAGUUGGUUAUGCUUUUAUCCAUCAAUAGUCCAAAAGCGAGCCCUAUAUGAAAGACUUUGGGCGAUGAUAAGUAUACCUUAUAACUUGUGUACAACACCAAUUGGCCUUGUUUUCUCAGUUGAUGGCGACAACUGCAGUGAGUGAGUUCUCUUUAAACACUGCCAUCUCAUCACACAUACACUAUGGUUCUGGUGAGUCGCUGGUCGUCCUGAUCCAUGCGAAAUGUGUGUAUAUCAGCUUACUUAGUUGUAUGAGAGCAAUUGAGUGUUCACUGCUUCAUUUCAUGGAA